GAACAGAAACAAUCAGUGCCGCACAUAUACGCAAUGGCUGGGGUUAGCACGAAUCAGGGUAAAGUGGCUAGGUUAGCCGUCUAUCAGCUACUUCCUGCGUCCUGGACAGCGCUGUUGCUAGGUGUGGUAUCGAUGGGACCUCUGCCUGUUUAUUCGGUUUAGUUACUAGUGAAUCUUCAAAAAGUACAUAUUUUCUAUAUUUGCAAGUUAUAUAUAUGCAUAUAGUGAUUUAGGCACAAGUACUAAUGCAUUUAGUCUUUUACGCACGUAGCUGUCUCGAGCUUAUGCUCGCUCAAACCAUUGACUGCAAUUCUGCGCUAGGCCCGUGGAAGCUACGCUGUGAGCGCUUGCGGAGUAGCGGAACAAGUACAGGCGGAAAACUCGACUUUGUAAACAAAAUUUGAGUUGUGAGCUGAUAGAAGAUACUAGUUUUACGUUACUUAACAUUAAUACAUCAACGAGUUGUUGAGGAUUAUACAUUUGGAAUCUCUGACAAAUGUUAAACCACUCCCCCCUGUUGAAUGCGGUUCUGAGACUCAAUUAGAAUCAGAUGCAUCAUAACCCAUGGAAUUCAUAAAUGACUCCUAUUAUAGACACAGACCCUCGUCUUCUGGAGAAGCAGGAGCAGCAGCAGCCCACCUAUGUUGCUCUCAGCUACAUCAACAAGUUCAUGACGGACGCGGCGCGUCGGGAACACGAGACCCUGAAGAAGAAGGUCCAGCCCAAGCUGUCCCUGACCCUGACAGGGGGCGCUCUGUCCCGGAACAACGUGUCCACGCCUCCACGCCACAGCAGCGGCAACCUCACGCCCCCCGUCACCCCGCCCAUCACCCCCUCCUCCUCCUUCCGCAGUAGCACGCCCACGGGCAGUGAGUAUGACGAGGAGGAGGUGGACUACGAGGAUUCGGACAGCGACGAGUCGUGGACCACGGAGAGCGCCAUCAGCUCCGAGUCCAUCCUCAGCUCCAUGUGCAUGAACGGAGGGGAGGAGAAGCCCUUCGCCUGCCCCGUGCCCGGCUGCAAGAAGAGAUACAAGAACGUGAACGGGAUCAAGUACCACGCCAAGAACGGCCACAGAACCCAGAUCCGCGUGCGGAAACCCUUCAAGUGCCGCUGCGGGAAGAGCUACAAGACUUCUCAGGGGCUCCGUCACCACACCAUCAACUUCCACCCGCCCGUGUCCGCCGAUGUCAUCCGCAAGAUGCAGCAGUAGGGCGCCCAACCAGCCCUCCCCCCCCCCCCCCCCCCCCCCCGUCCUACCAUCACCAGCAGUGGCUGAGUCCCUUUUAACACCCCUUUCCCCCCACCACACCCCUCAUUACCUAGGCACACUCACAUAUACAAACAUACUUUUUUUUUUUCUUCAUUACACUACUCUUUUAUGGCAUGCUUUUCUCCCGUUUGUAUUUGGGAAUGUAUCUCUGUAGUGUUCGGUUUUGUACUUUUGCACAUUUAAGCUAUCAUUCAUCUUCUUGUACUUUCUGACACAUGGUGCUUAUUGGUAAAACUUGUUGCAGAGAAAGCCAAGUCCCUGAUAUGGAGGGAGGCAUGAAUAUGGAAAGAUAGAAAAAAGACAAAUACAAAUUGAGAUUGUAUGAGAAGAAAAACGACUUUAGAGUUAGCUGAGGAAGAAAAACAUUAUUUCUACACGGAAAUCAAAGAUCAUCACAUCAUCAUCAUUCAAACCACUUCUCUCAUUUCGGCCCACUAGUGAUACACUUUUCUGCUGCAGUGACAAUUCAAAGACAAUGUUUGUAACCUACUACCCAAUAUAUAGAAAAUAUAUGAUACUGUACAUUUGUGUACAGUAUAUACAUUCAGUGUAUACAUACCGUAUAGAAAAUGCACUUUCAUAUUGAGAUUUUGAAAAUGCUCCGACAAUUUCUUUACCAAUUUGAGCUGACAGAAGUGGAAGAUCCUCCUAUAUAGAAAUCUUUUUUUCUCCGAAUCUUUUUUUUUUGUGUUGGCACCAAAUGUUAAUCUCAGGUGACAAUUCGCCAACAAUUCAGUACCAUAAUCCUGCCCAACUAACAGGAUCAUGGAGUCAGCUGUUAUCGUUGUUCCCUGGAACUCCAGGACUGCUUCAAGAGUUCCAGAAGCCUUUCUUAGGGAGCUGAUUGGUCCUCUUCACCAGAAUCUGGUGAGGGGUUUAAAGCACUUUCUAGUAACCUGUUGCCAACCAAUUUGAAUGGUUUACUGUUGGGUUGCCAAUAUCUUGGUCUGCGAUGAUAUUUAGUCUCAGAGAGUAGCUCAAGGAACUCUGAAGGUACUAGAUGUUCCCCUCAAUUUUAAGGGACGUUAUUUUUUUUCACCAGACCUCCAGCAUUUCCUGUUUGUUGUGAGAUUAUGUAUAUGGUUGCCUUGAACUGUAGACCACAGCAUUCCAAUCCAGAAUAUUUCUACAGCCUCGUGGAGACGAUCCAAGGAGUUCAAGCCUAGCCUGUUCAAAACGUUCUUGCUAGAUGUUCCUAUAAAGAUAGACUGGUCCAGACUGUCUGCGAUUCCUCCAGUGUAGACUACAGCCCAGUGCAGUGUCUAGAGACCUCUCCAAGAACAAGAGACCUCCAGUCGAGUUUAGCACGCUUCCUUUUUAUGACAUCAUUGAAUACCUCCUGUUUGAGUGGAGCACAUUACCAACUCUUCUUAUGUGCCAUGAAUAGGGAAGAGGCGACUUGGAACCACAGGGUCCAAAAUUCUAGCAGAAAACCAGACAAACUAGAGGAGGCUAUUAAUGACUCAUUCAAACAUCAUCACUGCAUGGAAGUUAAUGUUGCUAUGGAACCAUAGUUUAUAUUUAGAUGAUAACAGUGACAGUAUUAUACUGCCAGUGAGGAGGGAAGUAUUUGAAAUAUUGUGUAUAGUUAAUGUAUUGUCAUGUUAUCAGUGUAAUUUCAUUAAAUUAUAUUUUCGUAUGUUUCUGAAGUGACAAUGUACGUAUGUGUAUCCAGAGGUUGUGACGGACCUGACGGUGAUGUACUGAACUGUCUCCAACAACAACAAAAAAAGAAUGCUGCUUCAUAAUGUAAACUUGAUUACAUUUGAAAAAUACAAAAUGCCUCUGACGUGUCAAAUGAGUCUGUCACAAAAAACACCCGAAACCAAACAUUGUUUCAAACUGACACUUUUAUUGAGAUUUUAUUCAUUUUUGAUACAUGAGUCAAACACGCGAGGAAAUGAACAGUCUCUAUGACAGGAAUAACUUAAAGAAGUAAAGAGAGAAAUACAUUUAACACAGGCCUGACAUGCACUGAUCAGCAGAGCGGUUAGGCAUGAGCUGUUUAGCCAGACACACAACACAGUAGAGUUAAAA